AGAAAGGAGCAGAAACAAGAGAAUUAGUGGUUUUGUGUCAUAUUUGUGGUUGGCCUGAAUGACGUCCAUCGGUGUGGACAUCACCAAAGAUAUAAAAGACAGUUGUUCUUCCCCUGGGGAGAUAAGAAAAUUAGAUGACUCCCCUUCAUACAAGCCAGAAGAUGACGUGGUUCCCCGCCAACUUCCAGAAAGCUACUGGGAUGGACACAUCUAACAGGAAAGUCCUGGUGCUGGUUUUGAUGUUGUUGCUGUCUCAACUGGCCUGUGAUGCUCACAGUGUGUCCGAGUGCUGCAGACAACCAUCUCGCUCCUGCCGCCUCUAUGUGUUGCUGUGUCGCUCUGGCAGCAAGACCUUUGGAGGACCUCUCACAGGAGAUGCUGCCGCUGGCAUCCUCACUCUGGGUAAACGGAAAGACAAUGAGGAUCGCUUGCAGAGUCGCCUCCAUCAGCUCCUCCAUGGCUCCAGGAACCAAGCAGCAGGGAUUCUGACUAUGGGGAAGAGGACUGAAGAGAGGGCUGGAGAGCAGUACAUGGACUGGAUGGCUCGAUCAGGAACUACCAUCACAACGCCCCUACCUGUUUUAAAUUAAAUAGUAGUAUAAGCAUACUGGGACUUUCAAAAUCUAGUUUAAAAAAAUAAUUUUGUGAUUUUCUUUGAACUGUGCCUUUUUGAAUUUGACAUGAUGUGCUU